CCCAGGGAGAGAAAGGGAAAAGGGAGAGCAGCGCCGAGCGCGUGCGGGGGAGCGGUCUCCUUUCUUCAGGGGUGUAAUGCUUCCAAAACAGCAUAGAAAAAACAACCUUCCAGAUCCUCUUCAAGAAGGAAUAAUACUGAAGGAUACCCAAAAACGGGAAUGGAGACUGGGGCCUAUGAUUGCUCAUGGAGGAUUUGGCUUGAUCUACUUAGCUUCUCCUUGUCUUGAUGUUCCAGUAGAAGACAAUGCUGUGCAUGUCAUUAAAGUGGAAUAUCUUGAAAACGGGCCCUUAUUUUCUGAACUGAAAUUCUACCAACGAGCUGCAAAACAAGAGCACAUCAAGAAAUGGAUGAAGCUGAAAGAACUCACAUUUUUAGGCAUUCCUGUUUUCUUGGGAUCUGGCCAGGUCAAACAUAUUGGUAAAAGUUACAGAUUUAUGGUGAUGGAAAGAUUAGGAGAAGAUCUCCAAGCCAUCUUUGAAAGAGAAGGGAGAAAGUUUAACAAGGAAACUGUUCUGCAGAUUGGGAUGCAGAUGCUGGAUGUCUUGGAAUAUAUUCAUGAAAAUGAAUACGUGCAUGGGGAUAUUAAAGCAGCAAAUUUACUUUUGGGCUACAAAAAUCCACAUGAGGUUUAUCUUGCUGAUUAUGGACUCGCCUACAGAUAUUGUCCCAGUGGGAACCACAAAGAAUAUCAGGAAAAUCCUAAAAAGGGCCAUAAUGGGACAAUGGAGUUUACCAGCGUAGAUGCACACAAGGGAGUAGCACCAUCCAGAAGAGGAGACCUCGAAAUCCUGGGCUACUGUAUGUUGCAGUGGGUGUGCGGAAGUCUACCCUGGGAGCGGAAUUUGAAGCACCCUAACGUUGUGCAGGCUGCAAAAACAAAGCUCCUUGAUGAACUGCCAGAUUCAGUAACAAGGUGGGCUCCUGCAGGAACAUAUUGCGGUGAAAUAGCCAUGUUUUUAAAAAAUGUGUUUAAUUUAGCAUAUAAUGAAAAACCCCAGUAUGAAAUACUGAGGAAAAUCCUUUUGAAUGGCCUGGAACAAAAAGGAAUCUGUUACAAUGAGACACUGGAUUUAACCACUGUUCAAACGUCUCUAAACGAAUGCACUGCUUACCACAGGAAACACAAUAUAAAACCGUUGCCCUGGACAGAUUCCUGCAGUUCUUUCCAGAAUAUUGAAGAAGAAUAUAGAGAAAAUGGAGUAACAUAUUCAGCAGUCCGUCAACCAGAAUGUGUUCAUGCUCUGACUAGAUCUUCCAUAUGCAGCACUUCUCAGACUGGACUGCAUGAAGAACUGUUUCAAUAUACUGUGGCCAUUGUUGUCCUCCUCUUCUUAAUAUUGCUUUCUCUCUAUUUCCUUUGAUAUCUUCUCCAGUUAAGUGUUCAGGAAAUGCAGUCAGCCAUUUGUAUUCAGAUUUUCUUAGUAGAUAUUUUCAGUGUGAUUUGCUGGAAUGAAUUUGUUUUUAAAGCAGACUUAAGUUAUGUACAAAUAUAUGGUUGCUCACAAUAUUUUCUAGUAUGUUACAAAAAAACUACCAGAUUUUAAACGUUUCAAAUGUGUAACCUCCCCAAAACUUCCAAAUUUUACUGCUUUGUACACUAGUAUGCACUACAAGCCUAUAGUGAAGUUUCCCAAGAAUUAGAAUCAUGUGUUACUUUCAGCUUUAUUUGGAAACAUUUUU